CCAAAGUCCCAGGAGGCAGGAGAUGACAGGUUAGAUGGACUUGGACACUCAGACACAGGGACCCGGCUCUCGCCUAGACUCACCCCCUCCUCCCUCAUCUGGCACUGCCUGUCCAGUUCUCCCAGGUUUAACCCCUCUUUCUCCUUGUGCGUGGGCUGCCGUCGGAAGCCAGAGGCAGCUCUCUAGACCUUUAACAGUCCCUCCACAGGAAUUUGCUUUUUAGCGUAAACCCAAGUUCCAGCUCCAAGAAAACCUUAACUCAGCUCCAGUCCUCGGGGCCCACCAUGGAGAAGGACUUUCAAGAUAUCCAGCAGCUGGACUCGGAGGAAAACGACAAUCAGCUCAGCGGCGAUGAGGAACAAGGCACCCAUGGGCAGAAUCCUAGGACAGAAAAUCCAUUCUGGAAAGGGCAGCCUCCUUCCCUGCCCUUUCCACAGUGCCUCGGCUUCAGGCUCUACCUCAGUCUGCUUGCCCUGGCCUUCAACGUCCUGCUGCUGGUGGUCGUCUGUGUGAUUUCAUCCCAAAGCAUGCAGCUGCAAGAGGAGUUUCGGACCCUGAAAGAAAAUUUCAGCAACUUCUCCUCCAGCACCCUGAUGGAGUUCAGGGCUCUGGAUUCCCACGGAGGUAGCAGAGAUGACAAAUUGACGUCCUGGGGAGCCACACUGGAGAAAAAGCAGCAGGACCUGAGAGCAGACCACUCCACCUUGCUCCUGCACCUGAAGCACUUCCCGCUGGAUUUUCGAACCCUGAGCUGUCAGCUGGCCUUCUUCCAGAGCAAUGGCACAGAAUGCUGCCCUGUUAACUGGGUGGAGCAUGGGGGUAGCUGCUACUGGUUUUCGAAGGAUGGGCUGACCUGGGCUGAGGCUGCUGAGUACUGCCAGCUAGAGAGUGCCCACCUGCUGGUCAUCAACUCCUGGGAGGAGCAGAAAUUCGUGGUGAAGCACACGGGCUCGUUUCACACCUGGAUAGGUCUCACGGACAGGGGCGGCUCCUGGAAAUGGGUGGACGGAACCGAAUACAGAAACAGCUACAAGAACUGGGCCUCCACUCAGCCAGAUAACUGGCAAGGCCAUGAAGAGGGCGGAAGUGAAGACUGUGUCGAAAUGUUCUCCGAUGGCACCUGGAACGACAACUUCUGUCGCCAGGUGAACCGCUGGGCGUGUGAAAAGGGGCGCAAUAUCACCCACUAGGAGCCUGCUCUACCCUGUCUCCCCUGUCCUUCCGUCCCCCCCCCCACUGCAUCACCCCAACUUCUUCACUGGGGAUACUGAAACAAGAAGAGAAACAGAACCCCUAGAAUGAGGAGGAGUUAUGGGAAAGCAGAAAGGGGGUGGCUUUAUUGUCCCACACUUUGGGAGGCUGAGAUUCCAGCUUUCUCCACAGUCACCGCAACUGUUAUAAAUUUCAGCCCUUGGACUGGAGUAGGAAAAAAAAAGAAAGAAAGAAAGAAAUGAUACUUGAAAGUCAUGUGAUCUGGUUAUUUGGAACUGAGGCAAAAGAAAGGGAGCCGGGAGGGUCUGGAGGAAGCAAGGUGUGAGUCCCCGAAGACCAUCCGUGACACACGGGUGUUCAGAGUGAGGGAGGAAAGAGGCGGGAAGCAGGACCCUCGCUGGCUGCCGUCUGGAUGGUUGGAUCUGCUGCAAGAACCUCAGAGACUCCUGGAAGAGGAGUGUUCUCUGACCUCAAGGGCUCCCCAAGCUGAGUUGGCAGGGAAUGCCUUCACUCUAAUCCAAGUCCCAGGGGAAGGAAGGCACACACACACACACAACACACACACACACACACACACACACACACACCCUAAGGUUCCCCUUCCCCCUCCACUUCCGCCCAGAGUUCACCACUUGCAGGGUGUGCUGUUGGGGUGCUUCCUGUGUACUCACAUGUGCGAAUCUACGUAGACUCAAAUAGCACCCCAACACACUCUUUGCAGUGUCUGAGAUCACUAGAUGCCACUACCUGAAAGGAUUUUACUUCACUGAAUGUAGCAGCUGUAGAGAAAU